UGUCUGUGUCGGGUCCUUAAUCGAGGCAGGCAGCACAGCCCCCUCCUUCACCACCAGCGUCCCCAAUGGAAUCCCAGGGUCAGGAAUGUGCGGCAAUCAGACGGCAGGGCAGCAAGUCCACCCGGAGGCGAGGGGGGGGGGGGGCCCUAUAUAAAGCAGGAGAAGCCUGGAGCCACAGCUCCCAGACAAGAGCCCAGAGGCGCCCUGCCCUCAGCCCUCCCGGGGAGCGGGCCCCCAGCACGAUGGUGAGCCCUUACUGCCUGCUCCUCCUGCCGCUGGGCGCCUGCCUUCCUCUGCUGGGCCCAGAAGAGCCCCUGGCCACGCCACGUGGCGUCACUGGCGAAAUGAGCGGGGGCCCCCUGCCCGGCGGACACCGGGUCCCCCUCCCACGGGGCUCCUCCCGGUGGCCGAGGGCUCCGCACCCACGCGGCCUGCUGGUCAUGGCCAAGGAGCUGCAGAUGUCUGGCAGGCGGCGCGCCGGCUUCAGCGUCCGGUUUGGGAGGCAGGACGACGGCAGCGAGGCGACCGGCUUCCUCCUGGCGGACGGCGACAAGGCCGGAGGCCCGCUGGGGACCCUGGCCGAGGAGCUCAGCGGCUACAGCAGGAAGAAAGGCGGCUUCAGCUUCCGCUUCGGCCGGCGGUGAAGGGGUCAGGGUCAGAGCAGCCUGGAAAGGGCUUCUCCGUGGACCCUCCCCACUACUGCCUCCACCAGCCCCCCACCCGCCCCGUCUUCUCCUUGAGCCCCAAAGGCCAGGAUACUGAGAAGGUGCGGGGAUUAUUAAAAUGAGUUCUUAGCAGUAGGAUCGCUUAGGUGGGUGCAUCCUUUUGAUUUCCGACUCGGCUCAGGCAAAAACCUGGAUGGUAUUCAGAAGGGAGGUGACCCAAAGCGAGCCGCGUCCCGGUGGAGGAGGCGGCGCUGCCCUGAUGUAGCUCCAGCCCAGCGUCCAUUCCAGUCCCCUUCCCGGGCGGCCGGGUCUCAGCGGUCCCCUGGCCCAGCGGCGGCUGGCGGCCUGGCGGCCGGGCGCUGUCGGGCCAUGAAUAUGAACAGGCAGAGAGCUGGGUGGGCUGAAGGGAGGUGGGCUGGCGGUGACGGCAGUGGGGUCAUCGAAGUUUUGACAGUCUCCGCGGGGCCGUCUGGAACCGACGUCCAUCGUGCGGCCGUGAGAGUGCGUUCCACCCGCUGCGGAGUUCGGGUCUGAAAGUUAAAAAUAAAAACAAUCUUGCUCUCUGUCCCAUGAACACACGAGCCCCUCCGUGCUGUCGAGAUGUCAUUCGGACCCCCGGCUGCACCUCCCUCCCCUCCCGUCCUCGGGUGGCACAGUGUGCCACGCCCAGAGUCGAGUGGCAGACGAACGGGGCAGGAUGCAUUUGUGCUCUGGCAAGGCUGCAUCUCAAACGCUCAGAAUGUGAACGCGCUGUGUGUCUCUUUGGA